AUGGUAAACCUUCAGGAGAUGCUCUGCCUUCUAAGAGACAAUCUCAUUCAUCUGCCAAUACUAGAUCUGGAAUUUCAUCUUCAAGACAUGGAUUCUGUUAUUCUUGAUGCCGGACUUCUUAUUUACUCAUUAUAUGAUAUUGAGGGUGAGAAGGAAGACACAGUAUUGGAUGAUAUGAACCGAGCACUUGGUUUGGAUCUUCCAAGAAACAUUGAGCCUAUCAAGGUGAGGGUCUACCUUGUCAUGCAAAAGGCAAUUCAUUGUAACUUGUCAAAGGUUCAUGGACUAGGCUAUGUCGAUUCUCUAUUGAAAAACCUGAAGGAUUUCCAAGGCCAUUAUUCCCAUUCACUUGCUUUCCUCAAGAAUCAACUCCAUGUUAUUCAAACGGAAUUUGAGAGCAUGCAACCUUUCCUGAAGGUUGUUGUAGAAGAGCCACACAAUAAGCUCAAGACACUGAAUGAAGAUUGUGCUACACAGAUAAUUAGGAAAGCAUAUGAGGUGGAAUAUGUAGUUGAUGGUUGUAUUAAUAAAGUAGCUCCUCAUUGGUGCCUAGAGCGUUGGCUCCUGGAUAUCAUAGAGGAGAUUACUUGUAUCAAAGCAAAGAUUCAGGAAAAGAACACGGUUGAGGAUACAAUGAAGACUGUCAUUACUCAUACAUCAUCACAAUUGGCAAGGACACCAAGGAUGAAUGAAGAAAUUGUGGGGUUUAAGGAUGUCAUAGAAAAUUUAAGAAAUCGACUACUGAAUGGAACCAAAGGGCAAGAUGUCAUUUCAAUUCACGGCAUGCCAGGUCUAGGUAAGACGACUUUGGCCAACAGACUCUAUUCUGACAGGUCAGUUGUCUCUCACUUUGAUAUUUGCGCACAAUGUUGUGUGUCUCAAGUAUAUUCAUAUAAGGAAUUGUUAUUGGCCUUGCUAUGUGAUGCUGUCGGUGAUGAUUCUGCGCGUAGAAAACAUAAUGAGAAUAAAUUAGCUGAUAAGCUUCGCAAAACUUUAUUGUCCCGAAGGUAUCUUAUCCUUGUUGAUGACGUGUGGGACAAUAGUGCUUGGGAUGAUUUAAGAGGUUGUUUUCCAGAUGCCAAUAACAGAAGCAGAAUCAUUCUAACAACAAGACAUCAUGAAGUUGCCAAAUAUGCUAGUGUUCAUAGUGAUCCCCUUCAUCUCCGUAUGUUUGACGAAGAUGAAAGUUGGAAGUUGCUUGAAAAGAAAGUGUUUGGUGAAAAAAGCUGCAGUUCUCCUCUCCUAAAAGAUGUUGGGCUAAGAAUAGCAAAAAUGUGUGGACAACUCCCUCUUUCAAUUGUUUUGGUGGCUGGUAUUCUGUCAGAGAUGGAAAAGGAAGUAGAAUGUUGGGAACAAGUAGCCAACAAUUUGGGUACCCACAUUCACAAUGACUCAAGAGCCAUUGUAGACAAAAGUUAUCAUGUUUUACCCUGUCAUCUUAAGUCUUGCUUCCUUUAUUUUGGAGCAUUUUUGGAGGAUAGAGUUAUUAAUAUUUCGAGGUUAAUAAGGUUAUGGAUAUCAGAAUCAUUUAUAAAAAGAAGUGAAGGUAGGAGCUUGGAGGAUAUAGCAGAAGGUUACUUGGAGAAUCUUAUUGGAAGAAAUCUAGUAAUGGUUACUCAGAGGGCCAUUUCAGAUGGUAAGGUCAAAGCAUGUCGCCUUCAUGAUGUAUUACUCGACUUCUGCAAGGAAAGAGCAGCUGAGGAGAAUUUUCUACUAUGGUUAAAACGGGAUCAGAUCAGUACCAAAGCUGUUUACUCUCACAAGCAGCAUGCUCACUUGGCCUUCACUGAAAUGGAUAAUCUUGUUGAAUGGAGUGCGUCUUGUUCACUUGUUGGCUCUGUACUUUUUAAGAAUCCUGACUCAUACUUAUACUCUCCUGCUUUUUCAACUUCACUCAUUUUAUUAAAUUUUAAGUUUCUAAAAGCAUUGGAUUUGGAGCACCAGGUUGUUAUUGAUUUUAUUCCAACUGAGCUCUUUUAUUUGAGGUAUUUAUCUGCAUCCAUUGAACAGAAUUCAAUUCCUUCAAGCAUAUCCAAUCUUUGGAACCUUGAAACUCUUAUAUUAAAGAGUACACCAGUUGGGAGACAUAACACGCUAUUACUACCUAGUACAAUUUGGGAUAUGGUUAAAUUGAGACAUCUGCAUAUUCCUAAAUUCAGUCCAGAAAAUGAAGAAGCAUUACUUGAGAACUCUGCAAGACUUUAUGAUUUGGAAACCAUUUCCACUCCAUAUUUCUCUAGUGUUGAGGAUGCAGAAUUGAUUCUGAGAAAAACACCUAAUCUUCGAAAACUGAUAUGUGAAGUUGAAUGUUUAGAAUACCCUCCUCAGUACCAUGUGUUAAAUUUUCCAAUACGGCUUGAAAUACUAAAGCUUUAUCGAUCAAAAGCCUUUAAAACCAUCCCAUUUUGCAUCUCUGCACCAAAUCUCAAAUACUUGAAACUCUCUGGCUUUUACUUGGAUUCUCAGUACUUAUCAGAAACUGUUGAUCAUCUCAAGCACCUUGAGGUACUCAAACUGUGCGACCUUGAAUUUGGUGAUCAUAGGGAAUGGAAAGUGAGCAAUGGCAUGUUCCCUCAACUCAAAAUCUUGAAACUAGAAUAUUUGUCCUUGAUGAAAUGGAUUGUUGCCGAUGAUGCCUUUCCUAACCUUGAACAAUUGGUUUUGAAUGGAUGUCAAGAUCUUAUGGAGAUCCCUUCUUGUUUCAUGGACAUCCUUUCUCUCAAGUACAUUGAGGUAGACAUGUCCAACAAGUCUGUUGUUAAGUCAGCCAAGAAUAUAGAAGAAACACAAGUCGAAGAUAAUCAAAAUACUAAUUUCAAGCUCGUCAUCAUCAAGGUACACUACUGGGAAAAGCUUUAUUCUGCAUGA